AUGCCAAUUGCAGAUAUAUUUACGAAGACGAUAAACCGAAAGAGCAGAAAAAGCGUGGAAGGAGAGAACGAGGUAAUUCUCUGCGGCAUGUGCAAAAACAUAAGCAAAAUAGUCGCUAGGCGCAACUCCACGUGGCUCGUUCUGUUUUUUAUUGAAGUUUUGGAAAUAAAAAAGUAUCCACCGUACGCUGCAUGCUCGCACUGCCUGAACUCCCUUCCUGCUGGCUUCAGCAUUUGCAAAAAGUGCAAAAACAUUGUGGUGGGUGCAGACACGGCAGAGUGCAAGCAUUGCACUGUUUCUGCAGACGUGCUAUAG